AUCUUCACGUUUUAUUACGCAAAAAUAUAUUUAAUCUUUGUAGGUCACAAUUUUUUUUUGCUUUUCUUCUGGUCAUAUAUGGGUCACAAUAUCUAAUCGCAAUUUUAGCUAUCUCAAAGCGCUUGAAAAAAUCUACAAAAAUUUAUAUAUAUAUUCCUUGACAUCUAUAAAAAAUGAUCAUGUACAAUAAAAGUAAAAAAAUAAAUUUUAGACAUCUUUUUUAUUGAUUAGGGACUUCAGGAUAUUGUUAAAAUAUCGGUAGGAUCAAAGUGAGACCCAUAUGUGAUCUAUUGAGGGUCACAUAUCGAAAUUUGAAAGAGUUUUAUUUAAAAGACAAUACUCUUGCACCAGUCCCAUCCCUCCGUGAGACAGGUGCAACGAACGAUUACGAGGGAAUGAAACACGGAACGCCAAUAUAUGACGUCGCUCGGUAUACGGGCGCGCGUGUUACGCGCAAGCGUCCCGACGUCAUCGUCUCGAUGGAAAUACGGAUGCAGGUGCCGUAGGACUGAAGGCGAGGGAGGAUAAGAACGUGCGCGUAAGCUCGUGCGGGUCGAAAACGGGCGCGAAUAUAAAUCGUAAAUACUUUUAUCGAGCCUAUUUAGUGUCCUAUAAAAAAAAAAAAUACACUAAAAAAUCAGAAAAUUUUACAAUAAUGUUGAUCUCUACAUGUAAUAAUUAUCUUUAACGCGCGAAUCAAUUGAGACGACACGUGCGGGUGAUACUCGAUCGUGACGAGUAGCUACCCCGGGCGAGUAUCUAGUGUUUGGGAGAGAGCGCGGCGUCGCGACGCCGCGUCGAGGAGGGCGCACGUCAGAGAGCGUGACAGACGACAGAGAGAGAGAGAGGGGGAAGGGAGAUCGUACGUGCAAUAUAUACACAUACGCGCGGAUAGUGAAGGACGGCGGAGUUGCAGCCGUGGGGCGUAAAUACGCGCGACUCUGGGUGGACUCGGUGGAUUCGGUUAGUACUUUGGUAGUUUUGCAACGACGACGACAACGGUGGCGGCGAGUCAGCUCCUCGCGUUCGAAUCGAUAAUUCGAGCGCGAUCGUGACGGUUAAAGGACUCUUGAGAAAUCAUCCUCCUCCUUCUCCUCCUUUCGCGGAAUAUACGCGUAGGAGUGAUAAGACCUCGCACCCUGACCAUCGAUACUCUGUAGUUGUUUUAUUAACGUCAUAUAUUAUCCAUAUCCGGCGCAACUGACGUACGUCUUCCGGCUGGAGCGGGGCUCGCGACCACGGUGGACGACGAGGACCAUGACAAACAACGACCAAGGGACAAUGAGAAACAGACCGCGUAAUCUGCAAGCGCGUCGCAGGAGAUGGCCCCUGCGACUGGGUCUGUUCCUGAUUUACAUCCUCGUACAGUAUGUCGCCUCCGCGAGGAUCACAUCAUCCGAGACGACGCUCAUCUCGAGUUCCAUGCAAUAUGAAAGUUUGAUGUCGGAGCCCACAGAAUCUUCGAUUACCUCCACCGAGGAAGCGAUAGAGGUAUCAUCGAUGGUCUCGUCGGUCGUUGAGGAGUCGGAGAAAAAAAUUCAUACCGAGGUAUCUAAAAUUGAAAAAGCGUCGUCGAGAAGACACGGAGAUGCGAAAGCAUCCGAGAAGGCGAGUGUGCGAGAUCAAAAGGAGGAAAAGGAGGCGUUGAAGAAGGAAACCGAGACAUCUCCGUUGAAACAUGUUCAAAGCAGUAGCACCACGGUCAUUCCAACUAUUCAAACGACCCAAGUGACGAAGCCUUAUCCGUACCCUACCGUGAGACCGCGAAGAUCCAAUUGUUCGGCGCCCGCCAUAGAACAGUUUCCACAACCGUUGAUGGGCCCGGAGGCUAGAAAACACGGCGGGCUCAUAAUACACGUUCUAGUCGCAAUUUAUACAUUUUUGGGCCUCGCUAUAGUAUGCGAUGAUUAUUUUGUCUCGAGCCUGGACAGAAUCUGCGAAGAAUUAAGACUGUCUCCCGAUGUCGCCGGAGCCACCUUCAUGGCAGCCGGCUCUUCCGCGCCCGAAUUAGCGACGGUGAUCAUCGGUGUGUUUUUCGCCAAGGAUGACAUUGGAGUGAGCGGCGUUAUUGGCAGCGCCGUUUUCAAUAUAAUGUUUGUUAUAUCGAUUUGCGGCCUAUGUUCCGCUACCGCCUCCAAAUUAAAUUGGUGGCCUCUCUGUCGAGACUGUUUUUUCUACGCCGUUUCGAUUCUCGUCAUGCUCGGCACUAUUUACAACGAUUCCAUAUCUUGGCCAGAAGCUCUGUUCAUGCUGUUCAUGUACGGAGUUUAUUGCGUGGCGCUUUCAUUCAACGUUAAAUUGGAACGUUGGGCAAAGUCGUACAACAUUCCAUUUCUGCCAAAAGACGACGAACCUGCCGAGGAGAGCGCCCUGGUGAGUUACAGGUCCUUACAAGAGGAUCGGUUAUCCUAUACCGGCCCUAACUCGCCAAUUACCGAGCAAAUAAAGAAUCAGGAAGGAAAUGGCGUUCAAGAAACGACCGAGCAACAGCAACAACAACAAUCAGCACCGAAACAGCCCGAAUACUAUAAAGCAAAGGAACCGGAUCCCAAUGAAGUGUCGCCUCUCGUGAUGCCGACGGAUGGUAGUAAAUGGACCUUAUUCACCUGGGGUCUCGUGUAUCCUAUCCAUUUUAUGUGCCGAGCGACGAUGCCGGAUUGCAGACAAGAGAAGUGGCGGAGCUGGUAUCCCUUCACCUUCUGUAUAUCGAUGAUCUGGAUCAGUUUCUACAGCUACAUAAUGGUGUGGAUGAUCACAAUUAUAGGAAGCACUCUGGGCAUUCCCGACACCGUGAUGGGCUUGACUUUUGUUGCCGCUGGCGUGAGCGUACCGGAUGCCCUUUCCUCGCUGGCGGUCAUAAAGGAAGGUCUCGGCGACAUGGCGGUCAGUAACGCCGUAGGUAGCAAUGUCUUCGACAUUUUGGUGUGCCUCGGUCUUCCGUGGUUUAUACAGACUGCCAUGAUACAGCCUGGCUCGCAUGUAAACGUCACCAGCAGAGGUUUGACGUAUUCCACCAUUUCUUUGCUAUCGACGGUGGUAUUCCUAGUGCUGGCAACACACUUGAAUGGAUGGAAGCUAGAUCGGCGAUACGGCGUGGUCUUGAUGAUCUGGUACUUGAUAUUUAUCGUGUUUGCGUCGCUCUAUGAACUCAACGUCUUCGGCGAAAUGAAUCCUCCAGUAUGCCCCAGCAAGUUCUAAUGCAAAAUACGCCUCGUUCGUUUCCGACCUUUGCUUUGCUCAAACGCGGAACGAUCGUCCGGAACUAAGAGUCGUCGUCUCGGCCGAUCGGAUCGCGAACGAUGACGCGCGCACGGUAUCGCGGUAAACGCUCAGCGACUUCGUUCCCUUCAUCCUUCCCCUUUCUACUUGAUGAGCGAAGGUGAACGAGAAGACGGAAGAAUUUAGAAGCUAGCUGCAUGUCGGAACAAGUAUAGUCUUUAGCUUGCUGCGGAAUUGAAGUGACUGUUCCAAGUUUUUUAGGUAAGAAAAAAAGGGCUUGAGCUUUCUUUCUUUCUGGGCUGUUGUAGAGAGAAUGCAGACAAUACGUGCUCGCGCGUGAGUACACAGGCAUUGUAUCCUAUUGGUGCUAUCGAAAGUGACGAACGAGUAUUUUGCUUGCUUCCGUUCGCGACUACGAGUUCGAUCGAUACGGAUUUCUCACAGUUGAAUGAAAGUACAGGCAAGUUACGAUUUUUUCCAAGCAACGAAUAAUUCAAUCUCUCGGGAUACAAGAGCUCUCAAACAGACAAUACAACUGUACCAACAUUAUAGUCACUAUACCAGAGUGUAUUGACGGUAUAGCGGACAGUUGUUUGUUAUAAUAAAAAAUUGGCGUGUUUCAAAUUGAUCGUUGUAAAGUUUCAACUCUCUCAAAUCUUAACUCUUAGCCACAGACCUUAUUAUGUAUGUCGCGCGCAAGACUUGUUCGAAUCGAGGUACAAGAUGUGAUACGUUUUAUACAGCCAUAUCGCGCAAAUGCCUGAGUACCAUGGAAGGAAUGCGUUUUGACAAUUAAUCGUUUUAUAUAUAUCCUAACAUUAUAUAGACUAAAAAGAAAUAGUAGAUAUAUACGGCUUGUUAGAAUAGAUCUUAGGAGCGUCAUGUCUGCGGCUAAAUGUUAAGACUGUUAACCGUGUUCUACGAAUAUCGAUAGAAAUUGAAAUUCAUGUUUCUACGGAACGUAAGAGUUGCAAGUUUUUUUUAAAAAUUGUUAUCGCAUUUGCAACACAUAAGCGUGAUCCUUACAUCUUUUAUUUGAUUUGUAGUUUAUUUGAUUAGUGCGAAUUUUUUCAAAUACAUUUUCCAUCACGCGAUAUAUAUAUAGUGCAUUGCGUGAAAUGUACGCAAUGAAAAUAAGAAUUAUUUUUGUGCGCCUCGAAAUAUAAUUUAUUAAAGUGAUUAGGAUUUUUUGUCGUUCAAAUGCUACCGAUAUUCAAGUAAGUCGAAAGAGACGAGACUUCGCGAGAUCAAAGGAAAUCCCUUGUUAGCGUGAGUGUGAGCGCACGUAAGAUCACAUUUUUCUCGAAUAUCAAAUGACAAUAGACAUUUUAAAGUCCGUGCGAAAACAAAAACUAUUCUCAAAAGUAAACGGAAUUUUCCGAGAACGGAGGAGCAAGCGAAAUUUCAUUCGUGACAAAAAAAAGAAAGAGUGACGAGGAGGGAGGGGCAAAGGGAGAGUUGGUUUUCUCCACAAGGGCGAACGAGCGCUGAAAGAGACAAUAAUUAACGCAGCCUUAUCCGAUGAAAGUAUCUACAACCAACACUAUAUACUGCGCGUUCCUUGAGACCGAGGGAAACCUCGCACGGGGUAUAAUCGGCGUAUCUCUCCGCUUCCGGGAUCCUUUGAUCUUUCGAGCGCGCCGGGAUCAGUAUCGAUGGCAAGUUUAUUAAUUCCGCGACGGAAUUCUCGCAGGGAAAGAAAUUGAAGAAGCGAUGGAAAUAUUGAAAUAUGAAAAGAUAUUAUAUAAAAACGUCAAAAUAAUGAUAUGUAUUCGGUUAAAAAUAAUAAAAAAAUGAAUGACUUGGAACUGAUAGGAAUGGGCUGCGAAUAAUCGACGUGACAUUUAUAUAAAGCUUUCUUUUUAUAUAUAUUGACUUAUAUAUUUUAUAUCCUGCGAGUGCUCCGUCGAUGUGGCUCGUUGUUUCUUUGAAUCGAAUAAUCGCGGAUACGCGAUCCGUCAGAGAUCGCAAGGAUCGCGCAGACGCUUUAUAGUGUGUGAUUAUAAAAAUAUCUAGCGUACAUAUAUGUAAUAUAAUAUAAUAUAUAAUAACGCGAAGGCUUAGAAGAGAUCUCAUACAAUUAUUAAACGUUCAACGUGUUUGUUCACUACGUUUAUCCGUUAUUGUUAGCGCGUUAGAGCAAUGAGAAUUAUGCAUAUAUAUAAAUACGAUACAGCGUUUCGAUGCGUUUGAUGUUGAUGAUGCUCGGGUUACGGCAAUUGGAACUAAUACGAUAAAUUAUUGCUUUAAUAAUCCGCGAUCGGCCAAAAUGAAAGUAUCUUUCUGAAUCCGAGCAGCAUCUCGGCAUUGAAACGCAUCGACGCAUCGGCUUCCAGGAUUUAGGAAGCGCCGAGAUCGAUUUUUUAGUAAGGCGCCUUUUAGAUCUACGUUAAGCGGACCAGUCACGCUAUCGAUUUCGCGGAUCAUCGCGGUAUCAAUCGAUCGCACAAUCCGAAAAGGAAACAUAAACUUCUUGUUUGCAUAUAGGAGAAGCGAAAGAACAUUCGUCAGAGGCGAAGUACUUAAAAUUUAGGCUUUUUAAACGGCAAUGAUAUUGAUUUACGAAAAGAUAGUCACGAUGUGACUGUCAAAGACUUACUAAUCGGAUUCUAAGAUUCGUGAGGUUUCCCUUUUUUGAGGAAACGAGAUCAUCCCUGCCGCUGACGAAUGAAAGUUGCAAAGAUUCGCGGGUCCGCAUCUCGAGCAUCAACGAAAUGGAACGUAGGGAUUUAAGUUAUGUUAAGAGAUCUACCAGUCUAAUUUUUCCGACGACCUUCCACCUAAAACGGCUGAACGAUCGUUCGGGAACCGGUGUCAUUAGAGUCAAUUCACUUUGUGACAAUUAAUUAGAAAGUAGUAUUAGAGAAACGCGGGGCGAGAGAGAGGAGAGGCGCGUCCUCUUCUUUCUUCGGGUCGCCCGAUCAAUUCGACGGUGUCCUUAAUAGCGUGUAAUCGAAGUCAAUAAUACCUUUUUAGAUGUUUCUCUUUCAUAAUUCCAUAAAUCGCCCGUCCUCUAUAAUGUUUCCUGUUUACGUCCAGCGGUUCCCGAAUCGUAAUCGCGCGAGAAAGUCGAUGACGUAUUUGUUCCGCACGUUAUAUUAUACAUGCACAGAAACACACGCAAGCAAGUACUCUUGUACAAAAAAAAAAAGAAA